CACUCAGUCGACACUCGAUCCUCGUCUUCUCUUCUCCGCGAGUUCGAGGUCGUCUCUGCGAUUCCUGCUUCACCGGCAGCAAGUCUCUGCAAUUUGGACUUCUAUAUGAUCCCAUUUUAGCUUCUAUUCAAUCUCGUCUUCUCUUCUCAUCUUACUCCUCGCCUCGCCUUCUUCUAUCAUUCCUGAAGCUCUCUGCUCGGCCGCCGCAACAUCGGUUACUCUUUACAUCUUCUUCCCCAAGGAAACUCAGUAGACACAUUAACGUUAUACAGACUCUUGGUUAUAUUCACUUGCUGUUUGUUGCUCUCAACCAUGGUGGAAAUUAAAACGGCCAAGACUCGCAAGGGUAAACGAGAGCUUGAGAAACGUGCUCCCAAACUCGUUGAAUCAGGGAAGAAGACACUUAUAUUGCACGGGACGAAGACAAGCAGCAUAUUGAAUGCCGUGCUUUCUGAGAUAUAUCACCUUAAGAGGGAAAGUGCUGUAAAAUAUAGCCGUAAGAAUGACAACAUCAAGCCAUUUGAAAGUGGUGGCGAGACUUCCCUGGAAUUCUUUUCACUUAAAACGGAUUGCAGCAUUUUCAUGUAUGGAUCUCACUCGAAGAAGCGACCUAAUAACCUUAUUAUAGGGAGAACUUACGAUCACCAUAUCUAUGAUCUAGUAGAAGUUGGGGUUGAAAAUUUUAAAUCCAUGGAAUCAUUCUCUUAUGAUAAGAAGCUAGCACCCAAAGAAGGGUCAAAGCCUUUCAUUACUUUCAUUGGAGAAGGAUUCGAGAAUGUGGAAGAACUUAAACAUUUGAAGGAAGUCUUCCUUGAUCUUUUUCGGGGAGAGGUUGUGGAGAAUAUAAAUCUUGCUGGAUUGGACCGUGCAUAUGUAUUUACUGCCCUGUCUUCAAAUAGGGUCUUCCUUACACACUGUGCAUUGAGGCUUAAAAAGUCAGGCACCGUAGUUCCAAGAAUGGAAUUAGUAGAAGUUGGCCCUUCCAUGGAUUUUGUUUUUCGUCGGCAUCGUCCUCCAAAUGAAGGUUUAAUGAAGGAAGCCAUGAAAACUACAAGGGAGAAAACAAAGAAAAAGGAGAAAAACGUUAAGAAGGAUGCAAUAGAGGGCAAGGUUGGUAAUAUAUACAUUCCAGAUCAGAAGAUUGGAGAUAUGGCCUUACCAAAUAAAGCAAAAGGAGUGAAGAGGGAACGCAGAGAAGCCAAGCUAAAAAAUGCAGGUGGUGAACAAGGACAUGCAUCGAAAAGGAAGAAGGAAGAUUUUUAAAUCUCAACCUGUUCUAACGGAGGAGGUGUUGGUUGCAUUUUACUUUUUUCUGGCAUUUUGGGUUAUCCUCUCUUCUGCCAACAGUUUUGCUGUUGCCUACCAAAUGAUUACCUCAUAGAUCAGUUUCUGAACAAUAUAAGCAAACUGUCGUAACAUGAAUUUGUUGAGCAUUUUUGUGAGGCUAUUUUAGCAUCCUUGUUUAGAUUUGAUCGCUGUGAAAUGGCUCAUCUGCAGGCUUCAUGAUUGAUGAAAGAGGACACUUUUGGAUCUGCCCAGAGAAAUCUUUGUAACUGGGCAAAAUUGUUCUCCAAUUCUGACUCUCGAUGGAGGAGCGGCGAUUCUGUAUUUGUACUUGAAACUUUUUCGCUUCAAUUACCCUGGUUUUAUAA